GUCACAGCUCCCCGGCGUCUAAUGGCUGAACAACAACAAACUGUCGGCUAAGAAACUUUACCGAACUUCUUCACACACAAAGGAAAGUUAGAAACAGCUUCGCGUUUCCGUCGCAUAUCCAUUCAGGUGUCUUUGUUUGUUCUUUUUUUAAAUCACAAAUGUGGAAUUACUAAAUGGAUCCGAGGUAUGACAUACCGCGGAGGGCCGCCGGUGGUGGCGGCGGGGGCUCCGCGAACUCGUCCCCCGCUCUGGGGUCUCAGUCCCGCCGCAGGAAGAUGCCUCCCAGACCCGCUGACUUUAAACUGCAGAUUAUCAUCAUCGGCUCCCGCGGCGUCGGUAAAACCAGCCUCAUGGAGAGAUUUACCGACGACACUUUCUGCGAAGCCUGCAAGUCGACCGUAGGAGUCGACUUCAAAAUCAAGACCGUGGAGUUGAGAGGAAAGAAGAUCCGACUGCAGAUUUGGGACACUGCUGGCCAGGAGAGGUUCAACAGCAUCACGUCGGCCUACUACAGAGGAGCUAAGGGAAUAGUGCUGGUGUACGAUAUCACAAAACAGGAGACUUUUGAUGACCUGCCCAAAUGGAUGAAGAUGAUAGACAAGUACGCCUCAGAGGAAGCCGAGCUGCUGCUGGUCGGGAACAAGCUGGACUGUGAGACUGAUCGCAUCAUCACCAGACAACAAGGAGAGAGGUUUUCCUCUCGAAUAAGCGGAAUGCGUUUCUGCGAAGCUAGUGCCAAGGACAACUUUAACGUGGAUGAGAUCUUCCUGAAGCUCGUGGAUGACAUCCUCAGCAAGAUGCCUCUGGAAGUCCCCAACAAGGAGCUCUCCAACAGCGUCCUGUCGCUGCAGCCCGAACCCGAAGUGCCGCCGGAGUUGCCCCCUCCUCGCAUGCGCUGCUGUUGAGAGCGGUUCACCAUCCUACAAAACACACACACUCACAAAACACAAAACACACACACGCAGAGCACCGACGUGGCCACCAGGGGGCGGCACAAAGCAGCAGAUUGAGAUGAUGGAAAGCUGCUGUUACUUGCAUGGACUGACUCUCUGAAACAAACAGUAUUAUCCCCCUAAACACUAACACUUACCCCGCUGAAUCACCCCCUUCCUUCCCACCGCCUUCGUGUCUACACUCGACCCAGACUACCUCAUAGCUCCGACGGACGGCUAGGCUAGCCAGGUGCCUUCCAGGUAGAGAGCCCUCUGGUAGCAGCUGCACAUUUCCUAAAGAGGGAGGAUUUCUCUUCCUGUUUUCUCACCAAGUCUACUGUUAUCUCUGCAUUUCGUAGCUCGCCGUCAAACGGGGUAAAAACAUCCAGCUUAGUUCAGAUUCUGGGUCUCAUAGGUACAGUAGCUUCAUGUACUUAUUAGCAGGUGAAAAGGAAAGAAAAGCACACGGUGUAAAUAUAUCGACUGGACACGGCGGCUGUGAGGUGGGGAUCAUAUCGGUUUCUGUUGCUUUUUGUUGUUUUUGCCUUAAAGUAUUGAAGCGGCUGCGAUUCAAACGUGUUUAAACUGUUUUUGCACUACAAUCCAUCUUCCCAGAGUUGAGCUGAAAAGCACACGACUUGUAGUUGAGCACUAAUAAAGAUCGACGUCUGACGAAAACGCAAGGACAGAUGGGUAAUGUAGUCUUUUAUUUUGAGGGGUUGGUGUUCGUACGGGGCGUUCUCCAUGUGACACGCGUGGUUUGAGCGUUUGUUUUUGUUACUAACAUUUCGUUUUCUUCCUCUUGAGUUCAGAUGCAGGUUAAAGAAGAAUGUGUGCGCAGGAAGGUUUGUGUAGUCUUCGAACGACUCAGGAAGCUUUCACUCGAUUCGAUUAAUAAAGAAGCAUCUUAAAUUUAAUGCUAGAAGUGCACUUUUGUUUCAUUGGAGCGCCUUUGGAUUUUCUAAACCCUCACGUCGUUCUGCGGGUCAAAAUUGGCCCGUUUUAAAGUUUGAAAAUGUGGGGAAAAAAAUAGAUUUUCACAGUGAAACUUGUGAUGUCCACAUUUUCAACAUUUUUUGGUGGAAAAAAGAAAUGUUGAAAAUGUCAAGAAUAUUCUCAAAUAAAACAACCAAAAUCCAGCAAAUUUCUCUGGAUUUUGGUUGAUUUUUUUCUGUGAAUGUUCUUUAAAAAAAUAUUAAAAGUUUUACGGAUAUAUAUGGAGUCACUUUAGAUGUUUUUUAGGAAGAUUUAUUUUACUCAUUUUUUGAAAAUAUUUAGAAGAAUUUUCUUGCCAAAUUUAAGGGAUUUUUUUAAUGAAAACUUUUUCGGGAUUUUUUUUUUUUUUUGCAAAUUUUCAUAAAUUUGGGGGAUUUUUUUGCAGAUUUUUUGGAUUUUUUUUCAGACAAGGAAACGAUAUUUUUGGUGCCUGUAAAUGAGGACAGCAGGACGGUUAAUUUGGCAGUUUUGUUCUGGAUAUCCCAUUACUUGCACAUUUUCAGAAAUGCGACACUAUGCAUGUAACGUACGCCCAACGCCACCGUUAUUUCUUCCGUCUCGACAUUAAUGCAAUAUUAGCGACGUAGCACUGUGAGCGUUUGUUCGGUUCUUGAACUAGAAGCUCGAGUCAACUCAAAGCACCUGAUCUGAAAUUACUCAAACUCACUUUCUCCGUUCUUUUUUUUUUUUUUUUUUACUUUAAUGUUAAGCUUUUGUGGGCUUAAGAUGGCACAUUAUGUAUCCUGACAAAUGAACCGUUUCGUUCCAGAACUAAAGGCGGUGAAAUGGAACUCGUUUUAUGAUGAAGUUGAUCAGCCAGCAGAGUGACCUUUGGGUUCAGAUUAUCUGACUUUUCUCGCUUGUUUUUGGAAUGAAACCCUCCAUUUGCUUCCCUUCUCCUCGUCUCUUUUAUUUGAGCACUAACCCUGCGGUCUUUGUUCUAAUAGCCAAGCCUUAUACUACUCAGUGUUUAAAAAUAAGAUCGACAUUCUUAGAAAACGCUAUUAUUUCCAACGUGUAUCCUUAAAUAUGGAAGACUGUCCUUUGUAUUAAACCUGUUACCUUUGAGAAGUUCUGGCAUGUUUAAAAGCAGAUUUGUGGUAUUUAUAACUUGUGGCAUUCUUGAACUAAUGAAAUGCAAUUAAAGAUGUCUAUAUUUAUUACCAGA